AUUAGUGAGAAACAUGUCUCUCAAAAGGACAUUAUAUACAUGAGCUGGACAAUACCAAUAUAGUAACCACCACAACAUGCCCUUAAACAGUACACAUUCCACGACUUAAGGCACAGGAGAAACAACACACAGGUGGUGCGAUGAUAACUCAUUGUUUUGUACUAUUUCAGCAUCUUGCUCUUUUCCAAAGGUUGACCGGAGCAAAUUCCUGAUCUAUAUGUGUAUUGUCAAAGGCCCGCUACGUGACCUCUUGACCACAGCAAGAAACAACCUCACAUAUGUAUAGAAAACCUGCAUAUCAGUUCCUUUAAUGGUUCAUUGUCAUGUACAUUCUAACGUAAUGUACAGUGAAAAUAUUCAUGCUUUAUGAUUAUGAUAUUCAUGAUUAGUCUUGUAGAGCAGAAAUUGAAAUUUGGAAAUCAAACUGCCUGGUCUAUAAAAAGAAGUGCCCUUAAAACUGUAAUACUAAAGAGCAGGCAGUUAUUACUGUGGGAUCAUUUGUAACAAGAUGAUAAAUGGGGCGAUGGUGGUUUCUUUAGGAGCUGAUGAUGAAAUCUUUCACUCGUCUCAGUAAUUCGUGAAUAUUCAAAACAUCAGCUCAUAAGCUUUAUUUGACAAGAUGGCUUUAAAUAAUAAGCUCAGAUAAUUGGUGUACUACACUGACUUAUAUUAUAAAUCACUAACACUUUUGAAUAAAUAUACACUUUCGUAUUUGUCAUUCCUAUCAUCCCGGUUAUUAAUGGUCAUGGUUUAAAUAUUAUGGUAAUUAUAUUUAAAUACGGUAAGAAGAUUGAUACACAUCAAGAUGUGAUUGUGAUUUUUGGAAUGUAAUAUUUAAGAAUACCUGUUUGACAAAAAUGACAACUGAUGACAGAGCGUUUGUAGUGUGCAGACAGAUGACAGGAUUGGGUUUCCUGGUGCAACCCUUUCAGUAACACAGCUAGUACAGGUCAGGAAGUCAAUUGACCUGUGUCAGACUGGAAUGUUUACAUUCCAAGAUCCCCAGUGCAAAUACAACAUUGCGCUGCCGGUCAACAUUAAAAAUAUGUUUUAAAAAAACUAGGGAUGUAACGAUACACUCAACUCACGAUUCGAUACAAAUCACAAUACUGGGUUCAUGAUACGAUUUUAUAAAAAAAUGCAAAAAAUUUGAUUGAUAACAAAAGCUGACUGAAAAAGCACGCUUUUGUCUUUUGUAAAACAGACAAAGCAAACAAAGAAACAAAGAGCUAACCAACAUAUCUAGCUAGCUAGCUAGCUGCACAUAGUUUCCAACUUGGUCCACACCUAGGUACCAGCACAGCUCUGCAGAUAAUGGAAUCCCUGUGCCACGCGACUGCUUAUGUGAAUGGCCAGUUAGUACCUUGUUGCAGCUACUAAAGUCUAAAAAAUGAAGUCAUAAAAAAACACAGAAAAAGUAAUCUCCUGUCUAAAAAGUGUAUCACUAUUCAUUUUUCAUCUCUUUGAUUUGAACUGUGACAUUUGUAUCGCCUUUUAACAGACAUUCAAGUGACCUAAGGAGUUUAAGUGCUGUGAUCCCAACCCAAAACUCUUCACAGUUUAACCAUGUGAGAGACCUUUGUGUCAUUGGCAUGCGGCAGGAUGGUGCAAGACAGAGAUGAAGAUUUCCUCUUCAAAUGAAACAACUUCUGCAAUGGGGAAUACCAAGAACAGAAGGGCUCUUUAAACAGACAAACAGAAUCUGGCAUGAUUGGCAGAAGCCAUUAAGAAGCAGUCUGUAAAAGCAUAUUCUGACACAGCUAUAUCCAAGUAUGAGGAUCAAAUACACAAUAUCCCUUGUCUUUAUUCUGGCACUUGUCAUCAUUGAAAAGGAAAACAACAUUAUCUCGAGGGUUUCAGAUAAACUAGCCUUGAAGCAGACCCCGCAGACUCCUCUACAGCAAGGUAUCUCCUCCCCCCUUCUGCUGAAGUACAAUGGCUCCUUCACCACUCUGAGCAAGCUGGACCCAGCCUUCACCCUGAUGAAGCGGCGCCUAGAGAACUACACGGAGCAUGAGGUUGCCCCUAACGGCAGGAAGCACAUCCUCCUGCUAGCCACCACCAGGACCGGUUCUUCCUUUGUGGGCGAGUUCUUCAACCAGCAGGACGACAACAUGUUCUACCUUUUUGAGCCCCUUUGGCACGUUGAGCGUUCCCUGACGCUAGAGACCGGAGGGACAAAUUCCACGGCGGCGUCCGCAGCCUAUCGGGACGUGCUCCGCCAGCUGUUCCUGUGUGAUUUUACCAUGUUGGAGAGCUUCAUCGAACCCCGGCCCAUGGACCACAUCACCACCGCCCUCUUCCGCAGGGAAUCCAGCAGCUCUCUGUGCGAGGAGUCCGUCUGUAGCCCCAUUGUCAAGAAGGUCUUUGAGCGCUACCACUGCAGGACCAGGCGCUGUGGGCCUCUCAACCUGACGAUGGCCUCCGAAUCCUGCCUGCAGAAGGAGCACAGGGCCAUCAAGUCAGUGAGGGUGCGUCAACUCGAGACUCUGCGGCCCCUGGCCGAGGACCCGCGCCUCGACGUCAAGUUCAUCCAGCUGGUCAGGGACCCCCGGGCUGUUCUGGCCUCACGCAUGGUGGCCUUCUCUGCCAAGUACAAGAACUGGAAGAAGUGGGCAGUGGAUGGGGACGUGCCUAUCGACGAUGACGAGGUGAGGAAGCUGAAAGGCAACUGCGAUAACAUUAGGAUGUCGGCUGAGGUGGGGUUGCGACAGCCCCCCUGGCUGAGGAGACGCUACAUGCUAGUUCGCUACGAGGACAUCGCCCGAUUCCCCAUGAGGAAGGCUGCAGACAUGUACAGGUUUACCGGCAUCCCAUUCACUCCUCAGGUAAAAAACUGGAUUCUCCAAAACACUCAGGCUUCCAAGGAGGCCAGUGGUGUGUACUCAACCCAAAAAAACUCAUCAGAGCAAGUCGAGAAAUGGAGGUUCAGGAUACCAUACAAAAUAGCCCAGGUUGUGCAGAGAGUUUGUGGGCCGACAUUAAAGCUUUUUGGGUACAAAAUAGUUAACAGUGAAGCAAUGCUUACAGACAAGUCCAUCAGUUUGAUAGAGGAAAAGAAUUUCAACUUUACAUAGAAAACGUAAUAGGCCUACUUGCUGCACAAGCAAACACAAACAUUCAUAUUUACUUGGAACAAAUAGGAUGUAUGUGCCUGAAACAGACAAUUUUACAUGCACAAUGUUUUUUUGAGUAUACAUGCUCUUGUGGAAAGAUUUUGAAUACUGCCUUUCACUUUGCACCUUUUUAUGUUAUCUAUCACACUCUGUGACCAGGUUUCAGGGAUCUGUAAAGCUUUGCUCUAGUUUCCCACCACAUGCUUGUGAAUUUACACAAAAAUAAUAUAUAUAUACACUAUAUAAAUAUGAAACGAGACAGCUUGAUAAAUCAUAAAUCUAUAACACUCCAGUACAUUUGAACAGCUCCUGAACUAUUGGAAAUUACUUUAGAGGGCAGGAAGUCUGGGUUUAAGAACAAAGGCUGCUUUUAAACCAAAGAAAACUUGAAAUGAACGUUAGGAUCAAUAAAUGAAGACUUACUCUGUAAAGGAAGAAAUACUGAUCCCCGUUAUGUAUUUCCUGCAAUGCAAAACACUAAGAAGGGAUUAUUUUUCAUUUAAAUUGAACAUAUACCAUGCAUUUUAUGUUUGUUAACAGGUCAUCAUUAUAAGUUAGGCUUUUAGUGCACUCAAUUUCCCAGUGGGCGCCUCCCAUACUGUAGGUUGCUGGAUGUGCAUGUUUUUUAAUUGGCCAGAAGUCAUUUGAAGUUUUGGAGACAAGGUUGGUACCUUUUCUGUUAAACAGAUGUGUACAGUGGUACUGUAUGUACAGACAUUCCAACUGCAGCUGGUUUGCAGAAUUGUAUGAGAUUUGAUGCAAGGCUAUCGUCUAUUGACACAAGUCUCUUGGCUAAUGAUUAAAAGAGCCUAAACUGUCAUUAUAAACUGUCCAGUGCAAUUUUGAGUUUUGAUCAUAUUUUCAUAUUUUCUCAUGUUCUAGUGUUUAAUUUAAAUUUAUAAUGAACAUGCUUAUAGUGAAUGUGUAUUGCCAUACAAAUGACUACUCUACAGCUCUCUAUGCAUUCUUCAGCAACCCUCAAGUGCAAUUAUUAUUAUUAUAGUGGUCAUUACCCACCCACAUUAUAUCUCUAUCGUGACGAUGCCUUUGGACCAAAGUGGGCCAAUACGUUAAAAAAGGCAAUGUAACUAUUAAAGAAACCCAAACUAAAAGGCUGUGUGACCCUAUUCAACUGACUGUUUAUGCAAAGAUUUUCUUUAAAAAUCCUUCGAUUAUUUUCUUAAGUGACUCAGGAACCCCUCGCACCCCUUUGCUUGUACUUAGACCAAACUAACAACCUUGCCUUCGAGGAAGGAGAACUGCAUGGAGGCAGCUCUUAAACGACCAACAUGUUUACUACUGUGCUGGCCUCGCUAUUUAAGUCUCCCAACCUAGCAAUUUCCCCAAACUUUACAUAUUAUGUGGUCAGACUCAUUUUCCUCCACCUGACCCGGCACGCCUACAUAAACCCUGCGAGGAUGUAGACUGAAAAGCACAAAUGUCUCUCUCUCUCUCUCUCUCCCUGCUAGGCACACUUUUUUUCUCCCCCACUCUCUCUACCUUCUUUCUUUCUGUGACGCCCCCCCAUUCACACACAAAUACAGAACCCAGCCGACACACCCCUCCGAAUCUGUUUAGUAUCCAGUGCAGUCAAGACCAGACAGUUCAGCCAACACCGCUAUUCAUUCAUAUAAACACAUCUCUUUGUGUCUUUCCCCAGACCCACAGCUUAUCUUAUAUAUUUUCAACGACUAACGGUGCUGUCUAACUCACGCCAUCCGAGCCAUGACACGUAAAGGCACCCUAAUGAGUAGAAGCAGGGCAUUCAUAAACCCUUAUAUUGCUGCGGCUUUAUGUGUGGAGGGUGGAGUCACAGUACGGUUGAGGCAAAUAUAGAAUAGGAGAACCACUUUCCACUGAAUUAAAGCCCUUUUCCUCCCUCCAAUGAAAUAAGGGCAUUUAGCUCCAGUUACUCCACCCUCCUGCCCUGUUAUAUGGUGCCCUGCCACAUAGACCAUGAGUGGCUAAAAAUAUGCAAAGGAACUUGAAGAGGAGGACGAGGUCAGAGAGAUACCAUGCUGUCGCAUCUGUCGACACAUGGAGACGAAAUGGAGGAAAUCUAAAACUUCUCUUUCGGAUUUGAGAAACACGCGAGCCACAGACAUCAAAGAGCACCACCCUCGGUCGGUGCCCAACAAUAAUGAUUGUUGAUGUUUGAAGAGUAGACAGAUAAAUUAUGGGUUUCUCAGACAUGGGAUUCCUCUGUUGGAAUGAACAGCUUUGAGCUGAGUGAAUAGAGCUGUAACGGCUAGGCAUGGUGGUACUGUACAUGGGACAUGUUUCUUGGCCAGUAUCCUACUGUUUCAAAUAACGUGCUGGGGUUGAAAGCUGUUUUUCAUUAUCAUUUUAUGACCCUGGAUUAAAUGUCUUGUGAGCUACUGUCUUGCUGUUUGGAUUGGGCAAAUUCAAGUCUGGACAGGAAAUGAUAACCUGUGGUUUUAUUGUACGUUUUUUUUUAUCUUUAAAUUCUGUACAGCACAUAGAUUUAGACAUGGAUCUUAUCAAGUACUAGGGAUGGGCGUUGUUAAUCGGAUAUCCGAAUAUCCUAAAGUAAGUUAGUAUUCGAAUACUGUUUUCGAAUAAUUAUGAGCGUAUUGUUACUUGACAAGUCCCAAUAUCUAAUCGUGUGAAACAUAUUCUGCAUGUGUGGUUUCUUAUGUAGCUACAGGAGACAUUUGAGCUCAGUUUCCAAAAUGUAUCAGCCACAGAAGCAGCGGCAACACACUGGUGUGUGAGAUGCAAACAGAUCAGAAAGUAAAAUACAACCUUCCUGUUACAGGCAGGAAGCAAUAGCAAUGUAUCUGUUACUCAGCCACUUUCAUAAGGUAAAAGGUUGAAUGUUUCAUGAAGUUCUUUCUCCACAGAAAAUCACCCCUUUGACACUGACCUUUUUUUAUACACCAUCCAUGCAAUUUUCUGAAUUAAGGUCAAAUUUGUAUUUUGCUGAACAAGUAAGAAAUGCCACAGAGAUUGCCAACGGAUGUGGUGUCUGGUGCUUGCUAAGUCUCUUUGUAAACAUGAUUGUGAAAAAAAAUGUGGUUCCUGUGGUAGAGUUGUACUAACAUUGUCACUUAUGUGGCUGACAUUUAAAGAAGUUAUGGAUUUAAGAACCAGCAGCUCUUAUAAAGGUGUGUCACCCCUACAUAUGUUUGCACAUGACUUGUGAAGUUACAUGCCCUUUUACUGUCUAUAUAAGGCAAUGUUGUUUUUUAACGAACACAUGGUCCCAUGAUCCCAUACAGUGAGUCACAUAGCUAAAACAUAAUGUUAAGGACUACCUGUUGUAAGUUGGUCUGGCCUAAAGACCCCAAACAAAAUAUGUUUACAAAUUACAUACUCAAAUCUCUCAUUACAAAUCUCUCAGUUGGUGUUUCACCUUGUUCCAACAUGCUGUCUAAAAUUACCUCAAUUAUUUCGAGAAUGCUCUCACACACCACCAUGAGUCUUUCCUUAUUCUGUGUUUUUGGCAGUACCAACAGGUCUUCCCCUUGUUCUUAAUAUAGACAGGAUUGGAACAUGUCAUGACAAAUGGCUGUGAGUAAUGAUUAAAGGUCUCCGAAAUGUGACCAUGCCACUUUGGAACGCUGCAAAUAAAUAAGACCCUGCAUAGUUAUUCAUGACCCUAUUUGGUUUUUGACCACUUGGAAACCAUUCCUUGGAAUGCCCAGAGCCAUCUCAGGAACGAUCGGUGGGGGGAAAAGGGUCUUCUUAAGUAAAUAACUAAAGAGGGGUAAUCAGGGGGUACAAAAUAAACGGUCUCACAAAGGUCUGUUCUAUCCACAGACUGGGUCACUACCAGAUUGACCAAAUAUUGGAUUUGUGGUCCAAAGCACAGAGGAUACACCUACUGCACAUAUUGUGCUUAUUCUAAUAUAACUCGAGACAUUACAAACAGGGCACAAGCAGACUGUCACCCAUACAACUGUUAGCUCUCCUGUCAACUGCACUUCCUACAGCAAGAGGGCCAGAGGAUCAGAGUAAGUUUCACAUUCACACAACUUUCUCAUCUCACCCUCCCCAUUCUUUUCCCUGCAUAACACUGUCCUUACAAUAUAACAUUACUAGAAAAAAAACUUAUAUUUUACUAAUGUUAAUGUGAUAGAUUGAUAAUGUAUAUGAAUUUGCUGUCCUGUGCUAUUACUCACUUUUGUCAAGAUAUGUUUGAUUAACUAUACAGUCACAGUUUUUGGCCUCAGUCAAGUCAAGUAAAUUAUUCUAAAUCAUGGUAACAUUUUCUGACAUUAAUAAAUAGGUUUUCCAUUGCAGUUUGAUGAGAGAAAAAUCAUAUAGCGCAAAGUCUUCUAUUAGGACAUUGUGAUAAAAUAAGUGAAAAUAAUUGUUUGAAUUUGCAUUUGUCCAACUGUGUAGUAUUGACACUACAGGGUACACUAUUGUCUAAUAUUUGCAAUCUGAUAUCUUAAUCACUAACCGCUAGACUUAUACUCAGAGAGUUUAGAGAGUUUAUAAUGGACGGAAGACCAAGAGCUUCAAAACAUUUUCAACCUGGGUUUGUUUAAGCACCAUUUCCUCAGUUGGAGCUGUUUGGAAAACAGAGCUGAAGUCUAUCCUUACCUUGGUGCACAUCAAUACCAUCGUUUGUGUUCACAGGAGCAAGACGAAAGGUCCCUAAAAGAAUUUUGAGCUCAUGCACAUGUCACACACUUUAUCCUAUGCUACUAGUACAUUUUGCAAUAGAUUGAGAAAAGUUGAUGGAGAUGCCAUUGCAUUUGUUGCUUUUAUUCCAGAUUACAUAGGUAUAAAAUAGAAAUUGAAAAUAACAUGGGUACGUGAUGUUUAUGUCAGUUUUCGAACAUAUUCAGUGUGAUGAACAUUUUGUAUAAAUAAAAAUAAAUGUUUUAUGUUUCACAAAUGACAGGGUUGAACAUAACAGACAUUUUGAGACAUGACUCAUGAGACAGGGAAUCGCAAAGUUUCAAAUCCCUGCUGCUUGCUUGUGACAGUGCUAAUCCAUUCAUUAACUGCAAUCAGUCUGCCCUGGCCACUGUCAAAUGAAAAGGCUUCCUGUAUUAAAUUACAGAAGACACGUGGGAACCAUGUGAUACUGUUAGUGUUCCCACCACAGAUAGGAUGAAGAUGACCCAUCAGGGUGGCUGCUUAUAAAGUUUGGUUGUACAGACUGCUUAAUCUUGGCAAUAGAAUGUACAAUCUUUCACAGUUUCAAGACAUUUUGUGACUGUUAAAUAAGAAUUUGAAUCUGAAAAGAUUAAAAAUAACAAUUUGGUUACUAAUUAGAGGAUGGCCUUUCAUUGAACUGCAUUCUGUGAUGUGACUGUUUAGAUGUUUAAUAUGCAUCUUUUCAUUUAUUUCUGAUUUCUAAGAUACAAUGUGAGAACCAUGAGGAGACUAAAAGUAUACAUAUAUUUGACAUAUGAUCUAUUGUACAGUACCCAUUAGGCAACGUAAUGCCACUGAAUUCAAC